UGAUUGGCCGGCGCGUUUUACGCACGGAUUUCAAAUGCCCAGCAGCGACUGGCGGAGUCUCAGUUCAGCGGCGGAGCAUCAAGUCGGACCCUCCGCUCGGUUCAGCGGGGAAAAAGCUCGGGUUCACACCGGAUAACGACACCAGUCCACGGAAUCUCCACACAUCCUGCAGGUUUCACCCCCCACAAAGCCACAAUGAAGUGUCCUCGCUACGACACCACCAGAGUCUGCAACAUGGAGAAGAGUGCUGAUACUGUGGCUGCUGUUGGGGCCAAGGUGCCACACGUCAAAGCCUCCCCAUUGAAAGAGCCAGUCCCCAUCAAACCCCAGUUCCCACCUGCAGCUGUGACCAGGGUGUUGUUCUCUCUCAACAACGACACCAGGCCGGUCCACAACAAGGAGAACAGCAGCAGCCGGGAGCACGACAGGACUCUGGAUGAGGGGCUGGAGGACAGCGGCUAUGUGUCCCUGCAAAACAGCCAGAUUGAUGAGCACCACGGGGACGAGGAGGACGACCACAGCCAGGGGAGAAGCAGAGCGUCGCUGCCGCUCUCUGCGACCCACCAAGAGAGGACGAUAUCCCCGAACAGCUCCCCCGCCAAAUGUAAAGCAGGUCACUCUGUGUCUGUGGUGGCAGCUUCCACUCCCGUGAAUCGUCCCAGGAGAAGAAUACUGUCAUCCACACCCUGUGAUAGUCACAGUGACCCCAACCUGCCCAUAUUGAAGUUCCAGCGGGCUGUGUGUGAAGAGCUCGCCAAGAACUACCGCAAGAAUAAGAGGUACGACUGGAGCAUCGUCGACAAGGUGGCCGAGGACCAUGUCUUGGAUCGGGUGAUCGGACGCCAGAUGGGACGGGAGUACGUCGACAUGUUUGCAAAUCUGCUGUCCAGGAACAUGAGAAAUAUCCUGAGCAACAUCCUGGCCCUGUUGGGAGACAUGGACCUCAUUAGCUGUAAGAGAGUGAGCAGGACCUGGAGGAGAAUCAUCGGUGAAGAUACCACAAGUACGAACAGGUGUCUGCAGACUGAGGAGUCGCUCAGGGAGUCAAUGAGCUCUUUGAGACAACACGACUGUGGUCUUACCAGAGACGUGGGAGUGUCCAGAGUGGUGCUGUCCUGCAUUCAGACCCGGGCCUCCAGCACGGUAUCAUCAUCGUCCUCCACAAGUAGCAGGGUCCACAGACGGAUCACUCCCCCGCAGAAGGGCAACACACCCCAUUCCCAAUUUACACGCUUCACAGAAUUCAUACAGGCCGCCGACAGCCUGAAGCAGCACCAGUCUCUGCGUUGCUGUAAGCGCUGCGGUUCACCAGCGACACACUCAGCAGAGAUCCAGCGGGCAACGUGCACACGCCUCAACUGUCUCUUUGACUUCUGCACCUGCUGCCAAGAGACGUUCCACGGCUUGACGUCCUGCCGAACGGUGGAGUCCAGGUCCCACUUCGUCACCUCCAGGGCGACCCCGGUCCUACCGGGUAGUGCUCGCAGCAAGAGGAACAUCAGACGCCUGUGACAGGUUUAUUGAGUUUUUAUUCACGGACGGUUUUAACUGUGGGUCGGGGGGGGGUGACUCUGACAGCGAAGUACAGCCUGGGAGCCUGGAAGUGGCUUCUGUACGAGCACCAUAUAGUAUUACUCAGAGCUCCGGCUCUACACACCUCAAUCCACUGAGUGAAGCACUUGUUUACAAGACAACUGGGACAAUCAACCAGAAAAGUGUCAUCUGGCUAAAACUGUUGUCGUCCGUGAGCGACAAACAAAUCUGAUGCCAAAAAAGAAAGAAAUGGAGCUUGAUAUGCUUUCUAAUGUAACAUUUUAAUCAUGUUUUAAAUGAAAUGGAUGUACAUGUAUUGUAUUGUCACUUUUAGAUCGUUUUGUAUGUGUAUAUAUUUUCUUUUAAAUAAAUGUCAGGAAGUCUUUUCUGUAAAUAGAUCUUUCAUAAAAUUUAAACAGUU